AUGGACCGGCCAUAUAACCGACCGUAUUACGAUUACGACCACGAAUACCCAACGAUUUCACCACCGCGCUCUUGGUCCUCCUACACUUCAGCUGAUAGUGAGGAUAGUUUGGAUGAAGACGGAUAUCCCAUAGAUUCUGACGAAAGGAAUAGGAGGAGAGCUCAAGGGCUACAUUAUUCAAGAUUCUACAACCCGGGGGGUCGAGUGUAUAGUGAGACAAGUGCCCCUUCUUCACCAGAAUCGUCGCGCCGCGCAGGCAAACAAUCAGAGCGGGCACCAAAGGCACCGGAGGAGAAGGUCGAGGAGAAAGAGAGCAUGGCGUCUUGGAUAGGAAGGAUCACUGGGUCGAGAGAAGCACAGUUUGCGGCUACUGCGGUUGUUUCUGGGGCAAUUGUUGCUGGAGCAAUCUUCGGAUAUCAGAAUGUGAGAAGGAGGGAGAGAGUUGGGGAGCUGAAGGCAGAUAUCCCGGACUUGAAUGAUCGCACCCAAGGACAUAGUGUUGGCGAGCUCACAGAUUUCGGAGGCGCCUCAACAGUGCUCAGUAAAGAAGAUGAGAGAAGUGUAAGACUCGCAGAAAGAGCGCAAAAGGGGGAUUAUGACGAUGAUUUAAUUCUUGAACAACUAGCACGAAAUCGAGUUUUUCUUACAGACGAAGGUUUGCACAGGUUGCGAGAAGCGUUUGUAAUAGUUGUCGGCUGUGGUGGAGUGGGAUCGCACUGUGCAGCGGCGCUUGCUCGCUCAGGAGUUUCUAACAUUCGACUCAUCGAUUUCGACCAAGUAACCCUAUCAUCGCUCAACCGCCAUGCUGUUGCGACUUUAGGGGAUGUUGGCACGCCCAAGGUUGCAUGUCUGAAGAAGCGACUCCAUCAAAUCACACCCUGGGUGCAUUUUGACUUACGCAACGAGCUAUAUCGCGAAGAAGCUGCUGAAGUGUUGUUGGAGCCAUAUCGGGGAAGGAAACCAGAUUUCAUCAUCGAUGCCAUUGACAAUAUUGACAGUAAGGUUUCUCUUCUCACUUAUUGUCACAAGCACGAUCUUCCUAUCAUCUCCUCAAUGGGAGCAGGAUGCAAAUCUGAUCCAACUCGCAUCUUCAUCGGCGACAUCUCCUCUAGUACCGAAGAUCCGCUUUCUCGCUCUACUCGUCGACGACUUCGCGCUCUUGGUGUCGCGUCGGGCAUUCCCGUCGUCUACUCUACGGAGAAACCAGGUCCUGGAAAGGCGCAAUUGUUGCCGUUGCCCGAAGAGGAGUUCCAGAAGGGCAAAGUGGGUGAGCUAGGCGUACUUCCGGAUUUUCGAGUGAGAAUUCUACCUGUGCUGGGUACGAUGCCCGCCGUAUUUGGGUACGCUGUCGCAAACCAUGUUAUCUUGAAGAUUACUGGUUAUCCACACGAAUACGUACCUGCGAAAGGGCGAGAGAAAAUGUACGAUGGAAUUUUAGCACAGCUUCAAGGGUCAGAAGAGAAACUAGCGCGCUUGACAACUCCAGGUGAAGAUGCACAAGGCUUGAAGCUUGGACUUAGCGUCUAUGAUGUUGGCUAUCUCGUGGAAGAAGUCUAUAGGGGUAAGAGUGUCCUAAGUGGAAUUACCACGAGGCUCGCUCUAGUUAGAUGGCGAAAGCCGGAAGCUGGCAGUACUAUCAAGGUGGAUGUCGAGGGACAGAAGAACAGUAUCGUAAGGUUGGGAGACCUUGUGUGCAUGACCAAGGAGGAGGCCAACGUGCACGAAAGAGAAGUUGUGAAGGGUGACAAGACACCCGAGCAGUUUUACGAUGAAGAAAUAGUCGAACUUGUGGAAAGCAGGUUGAGGGAGGAGAAAUCAUUCGAAAAGUAUCGAUGA